CUCCCUCAGAGCGCUGAGGUCCCGGGGCAGAGCGUCCUGUGGAUACUUCGCAGCGUCUCUAAACAAAGCGUUCAACCGCUUUUGAUUUUUUUUUUUGCCUCGGGUGGAUUUUUGCUCAUCUACCCUGCAGCCGUUGCUUGAUCAAACCCCUCGUCCUCCUGCUGCCCCAGCCAUGGUGAUGUUCAAGAAAGUGAAGAACUUCAUGGUGGCCUUCAGCGAGCCCGACAAGGUCUACUGCAGCGGGGACAAGGUGGCCGGGCGUGUGCUGGUGGAGGUGGCCGAGGUGACCCGUGUCAGCGCCGUCAAGGUGUUGGCAUGUGGCGUGGCCAGGGUGACCUGGGCCAAGGGCCCGGCCCAGUGCCGGCAGGAGAUGGAGUACCUGCGCUUCGAGGACGUGCUGGCGCUUGAGGAGCAGCCCACGGACGAGGACGGCUCCGUCAUCCUGAGACCCGGCAACAAGUACGAGUACAAAUUCGGCUUCGAGCUGCCCCAGGGGCCACUGGGCACCACGUUCAAGGGGAAGUAUGGCUCUGUGGAUUACUGGGUGAGGGCGUCUCUGGAGCGUCCGGCCUGCCCCACGCAGCAGGUGAAGAAACGCUUCGAGGUGAUGGAUCCUGUGGAUGUGAACACCCCGGAGUUGCUGUCUCCAGUCGCAGCCAAAAAGGAGAAGAAAGUGUCGUGCAUGUUCAUCCCCGACGGACGCGUGUCUGUCAGCGCCCAGAUCGACAGGAAAGGCUUCUGUGAAGGCGAUGAGAUCUGCAUCAACGCCGACUUCGAGAACACCUGCUCGCGCAUCGUGGUGCCCAAGGCAGCCAUCGUGGCCAAGCACACCUACCUGGCCAACGGGCAGACCAAGGUCUUCUGCCAGAAACUCUCCUGCGUUCGUGGCAACCACAUCAUCUCUGGCACCUCGGAGUCCUGGCGUGGCAAAACCAUCCGUGUGAAGAAGCUCAAACCCUCCAUCCUGGGCUGCAACAUCCUGCGGGUGGAGUAUUUCCUGCAGAUCUAUGUCAGCGUGCCAGGCUCCAAGAAGAUCAUCCUGGAGCUGCCUCUGGUCAUCGGGAGUCGCUCUGGCAUCGGCAGCCGCAGCUCCAGCAUGGCCAGUCAGACCAGUUCUGAGAUGAGCUGGGUGGACCUGAACCUCCCCGAUGCUCCAGAGGCCCCCCCGUGCUACCUGGACAUCGUUCCCGAGGAUCACCGGCUGGAAAGCCCCACCACGCCCCUCCUGGAUGAUCCCGAUGGAUUCGACAGCCCCAUCUUCAUGUACGCCCCAGAAUUCAAGUUCAUGCCUCCCCCCACCUACACGGAGGUGAGCACGGCGCCGGCACGGGAGGGGCCAGGUGGAUCUGGGAUCACCGGCCUGCAUCCCUCACCCUCCUCCUGCUCCGUGGGCCAGGUGGAUCCCUGCGUUGCCAACAACAACAACAACAACAACAACAUCCAGUGAGAUCCACACCCACACCCGGCGGGUCGCUCCCGCUUGCCUGGACUCGGCUCCUUGUGCCACACACCUGCAGCACAUCUGGGAGAACAGCUGGAGGGGGCUCCCGAGGAGCUGCUGCAUCCCCGAGGAGCUGCUGCAUUCCCCAUCCCGAAUCUCGAGGAAAAAAACAAAAAAAUCCUCAAGGACUGUUGGGGAGACGAGGCAGAUCCAGCUGGAAAAAAGCUGGAAAACCUCGUGGCUGUUGGGACACAACGCUGCCUGUCCUCGCCCUGUCGCGACACGUGGUGACAGGGAAUAGUGGUUUUAAUUAAUUCCAUCUUAAUUUUGUAACUCUGGGUGCUGCUCUGGCUGCCCUGCGCUCCCGCCGAGGGAGGGGGACGCUGUGAAUCCGUCCUGUCGUGACACGAAGCUGAUGUCACGACCUUUUGUACUCUGAUUUUGUACAUAGCCUUUCAGGGAGGGGUGGAGGGGUGGGGGGCAAAGCACAAAAAUGCAAAUUUUGUACCUUUUCGUGGCCCCUGGGGGGCAAAAUUUGUAAUAAACUUGUAAUAAAUAAAUGAAACGGU